CGGCGGCGGCGGCGGCGGCGCGGUGCGGGAAACCCGGUCCCCGUUGACAGCUCCGCGUCUUCCGGCCGCGCCACUCGGGAGGCGGCUUCCUCCCUGCGCUCCCUCCGCGAGUCGGCGCGGCCUCUUGAGGAGCAGCGGGAGGCGGCGGCGGCGGCGGCGGAGGUCGUCGGGGGCGGCGGGCGGCGAGCGCGCUCCCGCUUCCCCGGCGGCGGCCGCAGGACAAUGGAGGUGGCUAUGGAGAAGGCGGCGGCGGCGGCGGUAGCGGUGGCGGCGGCGGCGGCUCCGGCCGGCGGCCCCGCAGCGGCGGCGGCGGCGAGCGGGGAGAACGAGGCCGAGAGCCGGCAGGGCCCGGACUCCGAGAGCGGCGGCGAGGCAGCCCGGCUCAACCUGUUGGACACUUGCGCCGUGUGCCACCAGAACAUCCAGAGCCGGGCGCCCAAGCUGCUGCCCUGCCUGCACUCGUUCUGCCAGCGCUGCCUGCCCGCGCCCCAGCGCUACCUCAUGCUCGCGGCGCCCGCGCUGGGCUCGGCGGAGACCCCUCCACCCGCGCCCGUCCCCGCCCCCGCCCCGGGCUCCCCGGCCGGCGGUCCUUCGCCAUUCGCUACCCAAGUUGGAGUCAUUCGAUGCCCAGUUUGCAGUCAAGAAUGUGCCGAGAGACACAUCAUAGACAACUUUUUUGUGAAGGACACUACUGAGGUACCCAGUAGUACAGUAGAAAAAUCUAAUCAGGUAUGUACAAGCUGUGAAGACAACGCAGAAGCUAAUGGGUUUUGUGUAGAGUGUGUCGAAUGGCUCUGCAAAACAUGUAUUAGAGCUCACCAGAGGGUGAAGUUCACAAAAGACCACACAGUCAGGCAGAAAGAAGAAGUAUCUCCAGAGGCAGUUGGUGUGACCAGUCAGCGACCAGUGUUCUGUCCAUUCCAUAAAAAGGAACAGUUGAAACUUUACUGUGAAACAUGUGACAAGCUGACGUGUCGGGACUGCCAGCUGCUGGAACACAAGGAGCAUAGGUAUCAAUUUAUAGAAGAAGCUUUUCAGAAUCAAAAAGUGAUCAUAGAUACACUAAUCACCAAGCUGAUGGAAAAAACAAAAUACAUAAAGUAUACAGGAAAUCAGAUCCAAAACAGAAUAAUUGAAGUAAAUCAAAACCAAAAGCAGGUGGAACAGGAUAUUAAAGUUGCCAUCUUUACGUUGAUGGUGGAGAUAAACAAGAAAGGGAAAGCCUUGCUGCACCAACUUGAGAGUCUUGCAAAGGACCAUAGAAUGAAACUUAUGCAACAACAGCAAGAAGUGGCUGGACUUUCCAAGCAGCUAGAGCACGUCAUGCAUUUUUCUAAAUGGGCUGUUUCCAGUGGCAGCAGUACGGCAUUGCUUUACAGCAAGCGGCUGAUUACGUAUCGGUUACGGCAUCUUCUUCGUGCAAGGUGUGAUGCUUCUCCUGUGACCAACAACACCAUCCAGUUUCACUGUGAUCCUAGUUUCUGGGCCCAAAAUAUUAUCAACCUGGGUUCUUUAGUAAUCGAGGAUAAAGAGAGCCAGCCACAAAUACCUAAGCAGAAUCCUGUCGUGGAACAGAGUUCACAGCCACCAGGUGGUUUACCUUCCAACCAGUUAUCCAAGUUCCCAACUCAGAUCAGCCUAGCUCAGUUACGACUCCAGCAUAUGCAGCAACAGGUAAUGGCUCAGAGGCAACAGGUGCAGCGGAGGCCAGCACCUGCGGGUUUACCAAACCCUAGAAUGCAAGGGCCCGCCCAGCAGCCUUCCAGCUCUCAUCAGCAUCCACCACCACGUCUAAUAAACUUUCAGAAUCACAGCCCUAAACCCAAUGGACCAGUUCUUCCUCCUUACCCUCAACAGCUGCGAUACCCACCAAACCAGAAUGUACCACGACAGACGAUAAAACCCAACCCCCUGCAGAUGGCGUUUUUGGCUCAACAGGCCAUAAAACAGUGGCAGAUCAGCAGUGGGCAGGCUCCGCACACAGCUGCCAGCAGCUCGUCCUCCACCCCGUCCAGUCCCACGAUCACAAGCGCAGCUGGGUACGAUGGAAAGGCUUACAGUUCACCCAUGAUCGAUCUGAGCGCACCAGUGGGAGGGCCUUACAAUCUUCCGUCUCUUCCAGAUAUUGAUUGUUCGAGUACUAUUAUGUUGGACAAUAUUGCAAGGAAAGAUACAAGUGUAGAUCAUGGCCAGCCAAGACCUCCGUCAAACAGAACAGUACAGUCACCAAAUUCAUCAGUGCCAUCUCCUGGCCUUGCAGGACCCGUUACUAUGACUAGUGUCCAUCCCCCGAUACGUUCACCUAGUGCCUCCAGCGUUGGGAGCCGAGGAAGCUCUGGCUCUUCCAGCAAACCAGCAGGAGCUGAUUCUACACACAAAGUCCCAGUAGUCAUGUUGGAGCCAAUCCGAAUAAAGCAAGAAAACAGUGGACCACCUGAAAACUAUGAGUUUCCUGUUGUUAUAGUAAAACAAGAAUCAGAUGAAGAUUCUAGAGCUCAAAAUACUAACUAUCCAAGAAGCAUACUUACUUCCCUCCUCUUAAACACUAAUCAGAGUUCUUCUUCUGAGGAAGCUGCGUUAAGAUCUGAUGCUCCUGAUAGCACAGGAGAUCAGCCCGGACUUCAUCAGGAAAGUCCCUCAAAUGGGAAGCCUGAGUGGCUGGAUGCCUCUCAGAAGUCCCCAGUGCAUGUUGGAGAGGCAAGGAAGGAGGAGGAUCCCAAUGAAGACUGGUGUGCAGUUUGUCAGAAUGGAGGGGAGCUGCUCUGCUGUGAGAAGUGUCCUAAAGUGUUCCAUCUUACCUGUCACGUGCCCACAUUGACACAUUUCCCGAGUGGAGAAUGGAUUUGUACUUUCUGCCGAGACUUAUCUAAGCCAGAAGUUGAAUAUGAUUGUGAUACUCCCAGUCACAACUCAGAUAAAAGAAAAACCGAAGGCCUUACUAAAUUAACGCCAAUAGAUAAAAGGAAAUGUGAGCGUCUGCUUCUGUUUCUUUACUGCCAUGAAAUGAGCCUGGCUUUCCAAGACCCUGUUCCUCUAACUGUGCCUGAUUAUUAUAAAAUAAUUAAAAAUCCAAUGGACUUAUCAACCAUCAAGAAAAGACUUCAGGAGGAUUAUUGCAUGUACAUAAAACCUGAAGAUUUUGUGGCUGAUUUUAGAUUGAUCUUUCAAAACUGUGCUGAAUUCAAUGAGCCUGAUUCAGAAGUAGCCAAUGCUGGUAUAAAACUUGAAAGCUAUUUUGAAGAACUUUUAAAGAAUCUUUACCCAGAAAAAAGGUUCCCGAAACUAGAAUUCAGGAAUGAACCAGAAGAUAGUAAGUUCAGUGAUGACUCAGAUGAUGACUUUGUGCAGCCCCGGAAGAAGCGUCUUAAGAGCAUGGAGGACCGCCAGCUGCUGAAGUAAGCAGCUCCAGGGCCAUCACUGUCUAAGAAAAUGUCCUUUACAAAAAUAAAGACAAAACCUUGUCAGUGAUUUAACGUCAUGACACAGAAGGGUUUGUGAGCUCUCCGAUCUGUUUUUGCUGUUUACUAGACUUUGGUUUCUUUAAUAACCCAUUUCUUUAACCUCUUAUCAUUGAUAAUUUAAAAAAGAGGAAGGAAGAAAAUGUGUAGAAGAAUAAAAGGAGGAUGAAGAAAUAGGAAAAGAAGAAACAAAAAAGAAAAGACAUUCUUCCCACUUCUUGGAUUUCAUACAACAAUUGGGAAUAAAAGCUACAAUAGAAAGAAAAUAGAUUUUGAAGUAAGUUGAGAUUUUAGUGUGAUUUGAGUGUGUGUGAUAAUCCAUUUUUAGAAUUGAAAUGUCACUACCCAUUAAUUAUGGCCAACUAUAAGAGUCAGGGUUACUGUGCUUAAAAGCACUCCUCCCCAAACACAAGUGGGGAGAAGAGUCCUCUCCUGGGAACCUGCUAGGAAGGUGUAGACAGAUGCUAUGAAGACACCAAUUAAGAUGGAAAAUGCAGUAAAGAAAAUCAGGAAAAAUAAACGUUUCCUAUUGGUUUUGUUUUUAUCUUGUCAGAGAUGUUGGGCAUUGCAGGUCUUAAAGGCCGUUUUUCAUGUAUUUCUAGAUCUACUUUUCUUCAGCUUCCUUUAAGGAAGUAAGUGUGCAUGUUAGGUAGUUUUUGGGUUUUGUUUCCCCUACUGUGCAGGCGGUGCUUGUAAAGCCUCAUUGUUUUCAGUGUGGCUUUUCCCUUAUUUGUUGUUCGUUUGUUUGUUUGUUUUAUCAAAAGAGGGUCUCACUCUGUAGCCCUAUCUGUCCUGGAACUCACUGUGUCAACCACACAAGCCUUGAAAUGAGAGAUCCACCUGCCUCUACCUCCUGAGUGCUGGAAUUAAAGGUGUGUGCCACUAUGCCCUGCUCGUAGUAUCGUCAAAUAUAAAAUACAGUAGGUUACACCAGUAUUUGCUAGAAGAUUUCAGCUUGUCCUGGUGGCCGCCCAGUUUAAGUUCCCUGUCUUUAUCAGUUCAAGUGGAAAGUGUGUUGCAGGGUUUGGAAGAGAUCAAUCGUGGGGGUGGUAUAAGUGGGAAAAAAAUUAUUUUUUCUGAAGCAUCUUUUUGCUGGCUUUCUGCUCACUUGUUUUUAUUUUUAACAGACUUCAUAUUUUAUCAUUGAUCUGCCUUAAUUUAGAAUUUAAUUUUCUUUCUGGGAGAGAAAAAAUAUGUAUUCGUUUUGCUUGUUGGGGGGUGGCUCAGAUGAACAAAGCACUAAGUGAGAUUAAGAUAGGAUAAAAUCAUUCUGCCAUUUUAGUAGCCCAAUAUUUGACAAAAUGCAAGAACAUUUUAGUUUGUCAUUGUAAACUUAGUAUUAAAGCAUUUUAGAUGUUUGACUAGAGAAGAUUUUUUUCUGUAGAUUGACAGACUAAAACACAGCUGACAUGAGACUUUAUUUGGUCACGUUGCCUCCUGUGACCUGAAAUGUAGCUGGAUACGGUAGAUGUAGUAGCACACACUUAGUGCCAGCACUUGGAAGGUGGCGGCAGGAGAAUCAAAAGUUCCGAGUCACCCUGCAGUGCCGGGUGAGGCCAGCCUGUGCUGUAGGAGACCAUGAGUGGGUGGGGGGAAGACGAGGAGUUCUGUCCACAUCGUGUCACUUAGUGAGAUUGAUGGCAAUAGUUUCCCAUUCUCUAAGUAAACAGUCUGUAACCCAGUUAUGUAUGUAAGUCUUCAUCAGUUUUCUAAGGACGUGUUAUAUUGUGAUGUGUGUUGUGUUGAUUUGAUUGUACAGCUGACAUUUGUUCUGCAAACACAGUCUGAUCAAACUUUGACAAUAUAUAAACCCUGGGAAAAAGGGGUUCAGUUCAGUCUGGCCUUGAACUCUGGUCCUUCUACCUCUACCUCCCUGGUGCAGGGAUUAAAGUAGUGUGCCACCACGCCCUCAGCUUUGGGGUGUUUUGUUUUGUUACUUUGGGGAAGUGGGUAAUAAGCAUACCUUAAACUUGUGCAGUUGAGUCCAUCAUUUUGAGUAUAGCAGCUGUGGAAGCUUUUUUAUUGUUGGUAAUCUCUUAAUGAUUUAUUUAUUUUUAUUUCACAUGUAUGCACGUUUGCCUCCACAUAUGUAUGUGCACCAUGUAUGUGUCUGGUGCCCAUCCACAUGGGCUAGAAGAGGGUAUACGCUGGAACUGGAGUUACAGAGGAUUGUCAGCCACCAUGUGGGUGCUGGGAACAAAACCUGGGUCCUCUCUGCAAGAGUGAUAAAAAUUCUCUUAACCACUGAGCCAUCUCUCCAGCCCCAGCUGUGGAACUUUGGGCAAUAAUUUUCUUUUUGCUAUCUUAGAAUACCAUUCUCUGAUAGAUUGUCUUCCAUACUUGUCACCUGAGUUAAAGCAGUACUUAUGUAAAUUAUUUUGAGAAUUAUAAGGGGGAGGCAGGGCUUCAUUAAGGUAAACAUAAUUUUUAUGUACUUCAGCCAGAAUGUCUACUAAUAUACUCCAAACAAUCACUAUUAUAUUCUAUGCCAUAGUAACCUUUCAAAAUAAUGUUACAUUUCACCAUUACCAGUUUUUGCUGAAUCAAAGACAGCUGAGAACCAUGUUUCAUGUAAUGAUACAUAAUAUAUUAUUAAAAAAUAUUGUCUUGAGUUUUUUCUACAAGUAACACUGCUGUCAUGAUCUCUAAGUCUCAUGACACAAUCAUUAACAAGUGACAAUGUAUUCAGGUGAAUAUAAGCUAAGUGGUCAUGAACUCUAAUAGAAGCUUAAAGAAAGUCAAACUCUACCUAACAUUGAUUUUUUUUGAGAGCACCCUGCCCCCCCCAAAAAAGAGAAUAAAAUGUUCAUUAUGAUCCAGCAGUCUUGAUCUAAACUUAUUCCCGCAUUUACCUCUGAGAGCCCUGGGUCACAGUUCCAGUGCGUGGUGUCAUGUUACUCCCCUGCCACAUAGGCGCUGCUCUUGCUGAAUGUGACCAUUACCUUCUGUGCAGACUCCACGUGCCCAGAAGCACCUGCUCCCUCUGGCGGCAGGGAACCCACACAGCAACUCACACGGUUAAGACAGAAGCAUAAAUGAACUGAGCAGUGGUAAAGUCAAAUGGCACCUUUACAUCAGCGGCUGGCAGUGCGGUCCCCUUUGUGCUUUGAAUUCACAGGCCUGCUGCUUUUCUGGAUAGAGGGAGGGAAGGAUAAAACGAAAUGGCUUCCACCACAAUAGCUUUGUUUCUCCAAGCUAAAGAAUGGGCUUUGUGCUUUGCUACCACACAAGUGUGUAGGUAUGGAAGUAUGACUUAAGAACACUUCAGAAAGGGCAUCCGAGUCAGAAUGGUGAGUACCUGCCAGUCUCUCAUUUAAAAGGUGUUUGCAGCUGGAUGCUGUUACCAGUGUAUACAUUUAUAUUGCUUAACAUGUAAACGAGUCUAUCUUUUUGCCCAGGCCUGAUCCAAACUAAUGUGAGUUGCUUCCUGAGAACCAAAAGAUUGAGUUUCAAUUCCAAGUGUUGUAAAAGAAAAUUGUGUUUAUUUUCUGUUUAUCUAAAGUCCAUAUGAAUGAGGGAAACAGAGUGAUCUGGUUGGUCAUUAAAAUUGUGGACGUGA